GUAAUCACAGCUGUCACUGAGCGUAAAUACAGUACACUUUAAAAUUCAGACAUUGUAUAUUGUAGAACUGUAGAAUUGGCACCAUCAAAAGGGGAGACAACAUGAGUGAUUUUGGAGAAAUCCUGAGAGCUGUGGGAGAAUUUGGGCCAUUCCAGAAACGUUUGCUCAUGUUGAUAUGUUUGCCGAAUUUCUUCAUGGGUUUCCACUUGAUUGCUCAGGUUUUUACUGGUGCGAGUGUCCAACAUUUUUGUCAGACCAAUUGGAUCUUAAACAUCAGUGCUGGUUUGGCCAAAGAAGAACAAUUGCUCUUGACUCUCCCGAAGGAAAACAAUGGCUCUUACCAGAAAUGUGAAAUGUACAAGCCAAGUCCAGAUAAAGACAUGGAUUGGAUACGAUUACACCUCAAUCAGUCUACGGUAGCAUGUGAAGAAGGCUGGGUAUACGACACCUCACAAUAUAGCUCGACAUUGGUAACAGAGUUUGAUCUGGUUUGUGAUGACCAUUGGUUAAAUCAGCUCUCACGGUCCGUUUCCAUGUUUGGACUUUUUGUUGGUGCCUUGGUGUUUGGUCCACUAGCAGACAGGUUUGGCCGACGCCCAAUUGUUUUGCUGUCACUGAAUCUUCAACUCGCCAGUGCUGUGGGAGCAGCGUUUGUGCCAAGUUUCAACCUAUUCUUGGCUCUGCAGUUUGUUGUCGGUGCAUCAGUGUCUGGCAUGUUAAUUAACAACUUCGUCUUAGGUGCAGAAUGGUCUGGUGUAUCACAGCGAACACUUACAAUUGUCCUCUCGCACUGUGCCUUUUCAUUAGGGCAGAUGGUUCUGGCUGGACUGGCUUAUGGGAUACGUGACUGGAGAAUGCUGCAAUUAACUAUCUCAUGUCCAAUGAUUAUUUUUCUGCCUUAUAUAUGGGUCCUCCCUGAAUCUGCAAGAUGGCUUAUAACAAAAGGUCAAUAUGAAGCAGCCAAGAAGUAUAUAAUGAAUGCAGCAGUAAUAAACAAAAGGGUGAUACCUGAAACGUUGUUUGACAAGCUCGUGACUGAGAAAGAAGUCCAGAAAGCCACCAUUUUGGAUCUUUUCAAGACAUCAAAGCUGAGGAGAAUUACAUUGAUUUUAGUUAGCAUCUGGUUCAUAAACAGCUUUGUGUAUUAUGGAUUGGCCUUUAAUGUUGGGAGCUUUGGCGUGAACAUUUACUUAACACAACUCAUCUUUGGUCUGGUGGACCUCAUGCGUUUCUCUUGCAUUUGGCUGCUGAACAUAUUUGGUCGGAAAAAAUGUCAGGGAGGUUUCCUGUUGCUCAGCGGAAUCUCGUGCCUCUUUACAUUAUUUUUUCCAGAAGGUACGCUGUUAGAAGUCACUGUACUUGCUGUCAUUGCAAAACUGGGAAUCUCCUGCUCCUUCUCCACUGCCUACAUUUAUUCUGCUGAAUUAUUCCCAACUGUGAUCAGACAGAGUGGCCUUGGUCUGGUGUCCAUGUCAGCUCGGAUAGCUGGCAUUUUUGUCCCCCUGUUUGUACUUCUCCAACAUGACUAUCCAGCUCUCCACAUGGCCUUCUUUGGCUCUGCACUAAUAGUUGCUACAGCCCUGACGACCCUGCUACCUGAGACUGCCAACAAAGAACUACCAGAUCAAACCAGUCAAGUUGGAAAAACUAAAUGGAAAGUGAAUAGUAAGAAUGACUUAGAAAAUGGACACCAUCAGACUACGGCAGAAAACAGAAGCUUUAUUGAGAGCACCCGAUUAUAAAGCAAAAAAAUCAUCACAACAGAAAUUCUGAGCCACACAGCUAUAAAUCUUCAGCUCUAUUCUGCAUAGUGGAUUAUAUUCAUUUUCAAUAAACAUCAGUAUAUUAACUGUGCCACAGAACAGUAUUGCUAAGAUCUUGAUUUUAAGAAAAAGAUUGAUUCAUUGUGUUUUAGUAAAUUCAACUCAAGAAGAAACAUAAUUGACAGACACAGUUAAUUAUAGGAAAAUGUCAUUGUAUGUGACUGAAAAUGCCCACUGGUGUAUAUCAAUGCCAGUGAUUGGAGUCCAUCAGUUUUGUAGCUAUAUGGCUGCAUCUUAAUUCCAGAACACUUGAGUAUCUACAGGGUUGAUGGGAAAAGUGGCCAAUUUCUCAGGAACAAGUAGCAAGGUAGAGUCAGCACUGCUCAUUAAGCAGGAAUCUGAUAAGAGCUGUUAAAAGUCUAUUUGACUCUCACGGUUAAUAAGGCUACUAAAUUAAAGACAGAAAUGAGGACAAUGAAGCAGACGUAUUUUGUCUAUACGAUGUUGGAUAGGAGAUCUUCAAGUCACAAGAGUCCUGGGCAGGAGUCAAACAUUUGGAACUUUCAAGAGGAAACAUGUAAAAAUAAGUAUUUUGAAGAUAUCAGCAGCAUAACAUAGGAACACCAAUCACAGAAGCAGCACUCUGAGCCCAGAGUUCAGAGAAAUAGAUUGUUUUCUGUUAAUGAACUUAUUUAAUGUACAUCUCACCUUAUUAAUAUGCAGCUUCCUGUACAGCCACCUGCUAUUUGUAAAGUAAACACAGAAAAUUCUUGACACACACACACACACACAUACCAUUGACAUCUGACAUGUGCCAACCUCUGAGAACCCUCAUGACAUAUCUCUGGUCUAUUUAGAGUACACUUUGGCACUUCAAUACUGCACUGCAGGGUGCAAGGAAAAACAUCAUUGUAAAGUUGCAGCAAGCUGAGGGAUGUAUUUUCUUUGGUUCAUUUACUUUGAACCACAGCAUCCUCGCUUUGCCUUGACACUUUGCACUUUGGCCUCAGCCAGAGAUACCAUGUUCAUUAUGUCACUGUGCUGUUCAGCAGACACAAAGUCAGCAAACUCGUCUUGAUUGUCAGCUUUUCUUCUUGAUGGAGGAAUCAAUGACUAGAGAUGUAGAAUAGAAUUAAGGGGCAAGAAAGUUUAGAAGAGAUCAUGGAAUCCUACAGUUUAGAAAGAGGCCAAUCAGCCCUCAUGUCUGCACCAACCCACCAAAGAGCAUCUCACCCGCUAAUCCACUUA